CAUCAUAUCAAAUAUUUAUAAAGGCUUUGGAUGAAAAUGUAAGAGACAUCGAAGUAUUGACUAAGGGCAGCUUCAUCACUUAAACUGACAAUGGAAAAUAAAACGCUAUUCAUCGUAACAUUAUCAAGUAUUUUUAUUUCUCAGACAUUGCUACAUAUUAUCUUUUACAGUAGAAUUGUAGUGACAGAUAUCUAUAUAAGAAUAACUAUAAUAAAUGUUAGUAAACAAAUUAAGUCAACAAGUUUAAUAAAUAAUGUUGUAUGUUGCGUUAUCAAGUUUUCAGAAAAGGGUAAGAGCUUGCAUGUUUAUCGACAUGGUAUAUUUCCGCCUGGGGCGGCAAAGCAUUCAUCAAGGAUAAUGAUAUACACAAACAUACAGUUUCAACAAAAAAAUUAAUAGUGACAAUUACCUUAACAUAGAUACAUCUUGGGAGAGUAGAUAAAGAAAGAAGAGCCUUUCUAGAUAAAAUUACUUGUGCUCGCUU